GGCAAUGGUGGUUUUGACAACAAUACUGUGUCAGUUGGAUUAAAAAUUAAUAAAAAUGACUAGUAUACAGCAAAUUAUCGAGUUUAGAUCAAACAGAGGUGGGGUAAUAAUAUCCUGCUGUAUAGACUGUGGUCGUGAGGCCUGGACAGAUUAUUAUGGGAAUUAUACUUGCAGACCUUGUACCCGGUUCUUCAUAGAAUCAAUUAUAAAAAGAAGUUGCUAUGCCUGUAUUAAUGCUAUUGGAAUAUGCACUUUUAGAAGAGAUUUAGUGAGGAGAUGUAAAUUUUGUCAGUUACAACGAUUGUAUGAGGCAGGAAUGAUGCCCAUCAAAUUUGGAAGACAUGAAAAUGGAUAUUACAUGCGAGAUAUGUAUCGUACAUUGAAUUUUGAUAUAGAUUCAUAUAGACACAAUACCAGUGUGUUAUCUACCGAAAGACAAAUGAUUCGACAAUUUGUCUCCAAUUAUGAAAGCAUCUUUUAUGAAUGGUUGCAGGUAUUUGAGAGAGAAGUUAUGUUGUUUAAUCAAGGUCUUCAGACGAAUGAAGAUCCUGAACUUCUUCAGAGAGGAAUGACGAUAGCUGUAAUUAACGAUUCGAUUCAUGUUCAUGAUGUGCUUGUAUCCGACUAUCGUUAUAUUGAUCCCUACCAAUGUAAACUUUACUCCAGCUACUGUACAACAAAACCUAUUUUGCAUCUGUUACGCAUAUAUCUAUCGAUUUGUCCACAAUGUAAACUCGAUUUGAAACAAAUGCUUGCUUUCACUUUUAAGGGUGAGAUAAUUCUUCCAGAGUAGAAAACAAAAAGAUCACCAUAUCAUAGCAAUUUAUAAAAUAUUUUGUACUGUCUACAGACGAAAAUUUGUGAAUUUUAUCUCAAUUGAAUUUAAUGUGUAAUUCUUUUUAUUGAAACUUAUAAUUAUACUUAAUUGUUAAAUAUCUGUUAUGUACUAUUUUGAU